CACCGCGCGCACUUCUGGACGCUGCGUCAGCCGCAGAGCUCCGGCAUGGAGGGUGGCGGCCUGGGCUGCGCCGUGUGCGUGCUGACCGGGGCCUCCCGGGGCUUCGGCCGGGCGCUGGCCAGGCUUCUGGCCCAGCUGCUGUCGCCAGGUUCCGUGCUGCUCCUAAGCGCUCGCAGUGACGCGGCGCUGCGGCAGCUGGAGGAGGAGCUGGGUGCGGAGCGACCCGGCCUGCGCACGGUGCGGGUCGCCGCGGACCUGGGCUCGGAGGCCGGCGUGCAGCAGCUGCUCCGCGCGGUGCGCGAACUGCCCAGGCCCGAGGGGCUGCGGCGCUUGCUGCUUAUCAACAACGCGGGCACCCUUGGGGAUGUUUCCAAAGGCUUCUUGAAUCUGAAUGACCUAGCCGAAGUGAAUAACUAUUGGGCUCUGAACUUGACCUCUAUGCUCUGCUUGACCUCCCGCACCCUGAAGGCCUUCCCCCAAAGCCCUGGCCUCAGCAGGAUUGUGGUUAACAUCUCAUCUCUCUGUGCUCUGCAGCCCUUCAAAGGCUGGGCCUUGUACUGUGCAGGGAAGGCUGCCCGGGAUAUGAUAUACCAGGUCCUGGCUGCAGAGGAGCCUGGUGUGAGGGUGUUGAGCUAUGCCCCAGGUCCCCUGGACACAGACAUGCAGCAGUUGGCUCGGGAGACCUCCGUGGACCCAGAAUUAAGGAACAGACUACAGAAGAUGAAGUCAAAGGGGGAGCUGGUGGAUUGUGGGAAAUCAGCCCAGAAACUUCUGAGCUUGCUGCAAAAGAACACAUUCCAGUCUGGAGCCCAUGUGGACUUCUAUGACAAUUAAGCCCAGGUCAUUGGCCUCCUAGCCUUUCUUCCCUAGUUUUGGGCAUAGCCCAUGUCUUGGCAAUCCUGAAAGACACAGAAAAGCCCUCAGACACAGCCAGUGGAGAGUGGCAGCUGUCAAAAGGCUUCUGUAAGAGGGAGAGAGAGCGAGCUAAUGGGUAUUGGCAUUCUCGUUCCUUUGGAGGAGAGACUGUUAGAGCCGAAGCUGAAGCACUGGAGAAAGGAGGUUGGAUCUCUUGUCUUCCAUGAGAAGAGGUGUGAUGAGAAGGCAAUACCAGUUCUACCCCAAGUGGGAUGCCCCUUCAACUUCAUGCCCUUGUUCUAACGCCUUCUCUAUUCACUGUCCCUCCCUUGACUCUAGUCUAAGUAUACCGUUAAGGCAGGUUCAAAUAAGAGUGUGGGUUGUCCUUCGUUACUGCCUGCUUCUCAUCUAGAAGGCCCAGAAGUGUCUCCCUGGUUCACUAGACUAAGGUUGUUCCUGAGACAAUUCAGUGGUGCUCUUAUUUCCUGGGGAGUUGUCACAAAGCUGUCUGCCUCCUCUCACUGAUGCCUACUCAGUGGCAAGCUCAAAUCCAGAGUCAUCCAAAUGGAUAUGCCAAGACUCAAGUGCCUUCAUAUUUCUGUUGACACUGACCUAUCUUUACUGCUAUUUCCUCAAGGGCCCUGGAGCUAUUCAUUUAGAAUCUGUCCUUGAUGCCCAAUACACAGCUGCCCUCCCCACAGCCCUCACCAGUGAGUCCUUGGAUUUCCAAUUCUACCCUUUGCCCACGUGGCUCUGAUGUGAAUGGAUCCCAGUUCCUGUCAUGAGCCCUCUUAGAAGCCUCUUGAGGCCUAUGGUCCUUAGUGAUACAACUCGGGACCAGCCAGCCUGCCUUCAAGGGACAUGGGCAAGAUUCCAAGAAGAAAGUGCUGAGAAACUCAGUCCUUCUGCCAGUCAUAAACAUGGCUGGAAGUUCUCAGUGCCACACUGGUCUGCAGCCAUUCUAAGGCCCAUGUUUAAGAGGAAGAAGCACUGUUCCCAGCUCAACCCUGCUGUUUGUGAAGGGAACCCUCAGAUUCUCCAUGUGCUCAGCAGAGGGCGCACUGAGGCUAUGCAGUUUGGAGAGGUGACACCACUUCCUGCAAGGUUCCCCGCGGCAAGGCAACUGUUCUCACCUUCCCAGCAGAGCCCUCACCCUCACUGGAGUCCAGAUAGCUGGCCUCAAACCCCUGCUCUGCCACUUACUAGCCAGUAACCCAGAGCAAGUUGCUUCUCUGUGCCUCUGAAAAAGUUGUAUAUUAAAAUCCUCCUAAAAGGUCA